CAAAAACUGAACUGUCAGCCAGGAAAAAUCUUCAAGGUCUUUUGGGUGUCUUGCUGUAUUGUCUAAUAGCAACAUUGCUUUCAAUUGGAUUUCAAUGGUCUAAAGGUGACGAUAUAAAAUCUUACGUGGUGAAAAUAGCAAUGAAACCAAGAUAUAAAAAUACUCCUGCCGACCAAAUUUUUAAAGACUUUUAUGAAUUUAAUAUUAUUCAGAAGAAAUUAAAAUUUAGAUAUAAAAUAGUGAAACCAAUGGUGAAUUUUCCUUCAAAGUCAUACGUAAAUGGCUCAUGGAUUGGUAUUCUUGGGCAAUUGGCUAACAAGACAGCAGAUAUAUAUCCUAGUUAUACUGCAAUCACACACAAAAGACAAGAAGUUAUGGACUUCUCUUCUCUAAUUGGAAUGUAUACUAUUAACUUUUUUAUUAAACGAAUAGAAAUAAGGCCAGGAUGGAAUGCAAUUUUCAAAUCUUUUUCAAUUCAAGUUAGUGUAUGA